GUGUUUUAAAGUUAAUUUAUUUUUGUAAAAAAUAAUAAUAUAAUCACUGCAUUAACCAUUUACAUGAGUAUUUUCACAGUGCAUUAGUAAGAAAUCAGUAUUUACAUUUUACUGUUGUUUUUAUGCAUAUCUGUGUUUUUUUCUAGAUGAAACUCACCAGUGUUAUCUUAACUUUCAUUGAUUAUGUAGAUAUAGAUUAUUCUUUAUGGCUAACAUGGUGCCUAGCACCUCUACUUAUUACUUUUUUACUGCCUUUAGCAAUAGUUCUUUUAUUAUAUAUUACUGCUUUAAUGAUGUAUAUUUACAAACUGCAUUGGAGAAACUUAGACUUAUCCGGUGACAAAUGGGAUAGAAUUAGGAGAAUUGCAAGUAUUAUAUGGGACGGUCAUGGAUGGAUCAUGCAUGGAUAUGAAGUGGACGGUAUGGAAAAUAUCCCGGUUGAUGGACCUGCUUUAAUUAUUUACUAUCAUGGUGCUAUUCCUAUAGAUAUUUAUUAUUUAUUAGCAAAAAUGAUUUUACAUAAAAGGUUAAUACAUACAGUAGCUGAUCAUUUUCUUUUUAAAAUUCCAGGAUUUAGUGUGAUUGAAGAGUGUAUGAAAGUUAUACCUGGAACAAUACAAACAUGCUCAAACGUUCUAAAAGGCGGAAAUUUGCUGGCAAUUUCGCCUGGGGGUGUUUUUGAAGCACAAUUUAGCGAUCAUUACAGUUUACUUUGGAAAAAGCGAAUGGGUUUUGCAAAAGUUGCUCUUGAUGCCAAAGUGCCAAUUAUACCAAUGUUUACAGAAAACUUGAGGGAAUCUUUUAGAGCCCUUGGUUUUAUGAGGCGUCUGUCAAUGUAUGUUUAUACUAAAUUUAAAUUGCCAUGUACUUUAAUUUAUGGAGGAUUUCCAGUAAAACUGAUUACACAUAUAGGUAAACCUAUACCCUAUGACCCAAAUUUGACCCCUGAACAGUUACAAGUCAAGGUCUUGGCUGCUGUAGAAGAAUUAAUUCACCGACACCAAAGGAUACCUGGUAGUAUAUUGUUGAGUAUUUUGGACAGAAUACCUCAAUUUAGAAAAAAAAUUAAAGAUGUUAAACUAACAUAAUAUACAUUCCAGUAUUUUUAAUUAAGCAUGACAUGAGAAAUAAAUUAUACAUUUUUAAGAUUUUUAUGGUUUUAUUAUUACCAUAAAAAUAACAUUAACAAAUUUCAACAAAAACUUGUUUAUGUUAAAUUGUAGGUAAUUAUAGUUUUUUAUAAUCAAAAAACCUUAAUUACCGAUCAAUUAUUAAUUAAGUGGGGCUGAGAUUAAAAACCAAUUUUACAAAAAAAAACGUGUAUCAAAAAAAUAUAAAACCUGUUUUAAAAACAUUACAUUAAGAUUCCAACAGGUACAUUUUGUAUAAUUUUUCCUGCUCCUCAUUAUCAAAAGUGGGCAUAAAUGGUAUGUGUAAAAUUUGUGAAAAUCCUUCUGAAAGCUCUGGUUCUUGAAAGCUGUUUUGGUAUUUGUUUAUUAUCACUUCACUAAUGUAGUCAUGAGAUUUAUCUGUUAGAUUCCUGAAUUUGUUAUUGUGCUUGCAAUGUUUAACUGACGUUAACAUCACCACACAUCUGCAAUCCACACCAAAUUUUUUGGCAAUGUUGAUGAAUGGCUGUCUUGCUUUUUUAUCAGGAUUUGUAUUAUCAAUUACGACAUUUUCUUUUUUCAUCAGGCAUUCCUCCAAAUGUCUCUCGCAUUUUUGCAUAGUACCUAAUUUGUCUCUAUUGACAUGAACAUAACCAUUUGGAACUAAAAUAUUUGUACAAUAGUGGCUUUUACCUGAACCUGGGCCACCAACCAUAAGCACUACAUUAGUUUUAGGGUAAGCAAAACUUGGAUAUUGCAUUUUAUCCAGUUUUUUAGGAUCAAAUUCAGGCAUAACAUACUGUACUGGUCUACUUUGUAAAAAAUAUUCCUCAGGAGUAUAAAAUGUUAGACCUAAAUUAAUGGCAAACAAACGAUCUGCACAAGAAUGAUCCUUAUUUCUUUUUGGCGCCCAAUUUUUAGGCCUCCCAGCAGCAUCACCAACAAAAAAUGAUUUACUUUUGUCUAUUUCUAUAUUGUCAUUUUUAACAUCACAUAAAACGUUCCAUGACCCUGGCAAAGGUUUUCUAUAAAAUGUUUUACCUGUUGCAAUGAAAACUUGAAUGGGAAUUUCCAAUUUAUUUACUAUAUUUUCAAUUUUUCUCUUAAAUCCCUUAAUUUUUUGCGAGUCUUUUCCAAUGCCUGCCUGGUUUGUGAAAAAAACAAUUUUAUUUUUGUCUUCAUGAAGUUUUUUUAACUUGUGUUGUACAUCUUGAAAAUAAAAAACCCAGUCAUCACAGUCCUUGGGAAACCUGGCUCCCGACUUAGUUUUUAUAAUAGUCCCAUCAAUAUCAAACCCAGCUAUUACACUUCUUGAAACACAAUUAUUUGGAGUAUAAAUCAACAACUCUUUUCCAUCAAUUUCCUCCCAUUGCCCAUUCAGAUUAAAAUUGCUAUCACUGUUUUUUUUACUGCCUACAUUAAAAAUAGAAAAGUCGAACUUCAUCUUCUUGGGUUGGGGAGGCAGCUCAUCUAAACCCUUUGGAGGCGGCUCAAAAACAAUCUCAUAUUCAUGAGCUGUUAAUCGUACCUCAAUUAUAUCACCAUGUUCUAACGAAUAAUUUUUGUUUGCUACCAAGGCAUAGCCGUUACAUCCGGAAGGAUUUCUUCCCACAGGUUUGACGUCUACGUGACAUUUUUCGCAGUCGGAUUUCAAUUCGAUUUGAUUUCUAGAUACGAUGACGUCUUCGAUUUCGUAUUCCUUUUGUCUUCCAAUGCUUAUGAUUACUCCAUGUGGAAGAGAGAUUCGUUUAGCGGAUUUUAAGCACUUUAAGAAGCAUGUUCUUGCUGUGCUUGCCAUUUUUUAAAGCACAUUUACGGGCAAAUUGUUCGAAAGUAUUUUUCUUAACCUAUUUGUGUUACAUAACCUAGAUAAUUUAUGCACAACUUGGACAGCCCAAGCUUGCCAACUUUUAAACAA